CCUCAGGGCUGCAGAACACACGGUCACUGAUUUAUAAAAACACCAUCAAAACUCAGAACUUCACUGCUACCCGGCAAUAUAGAUUGUGGAGAAACAAUGAACGCCAUCCAGGUGAUUUCCCUCACUCUGCUGUUCAUUCUGGCGGCCAGCGCUCAGGUCAUCAUGCCAGGAAGAUGCCCUAAGCCUGCUGUUCAGGAGAACUUUGAUGCUGCCAGGUAUCUUGGUAUGUGGUAUGAUAUCCAGAGACUGCCAAAUGCCUUCCAGAAAGGCGAGUGCUGCACUGCCACCUACAGCCUGAAGAGCCCUGGAGUGGUUGGUGUCCUCAACAGGGAGCUGCUUGCUGAUGGGACCAUUAACUCCAUCAGUGGCUCUGCCAUGGCUAAGGACCCCUCUGAGCCUGCCAAGCUGCUUGUCUCCUUCUUUGAGAACACUCCCGGUGCCCCUUACUGGGUACUGUCCACCGACUACGACAACUACUCUCUGGUCUACAGCUGCACUGACCUUGGUGUGCUGCAUGUGGAGUUUGCCUGGAUCAUGAGCAGGCAGCCCACCCUGCCUGAGGAGACCAUCGAGGAGCUGCACAGCACCCUGUCCUCCAUUGGAGUCAGAGUGGACAAGCUGCUCACCACUGACCAGGAUGCAGCUUACUGCAGCGCCAUGAACCAGUUAACAGUCUGAGAUAGACCUGAUUCAGUACAGGCCUACAGACUGCUGUGUGGUGCUUGUACUCUCACUGGUGUACAUCUCACUGAAUGCCUCAUGCAAAGUUAAUGCAAUAAACUUAUUUAAACAGUA